ACCCACACAGUGGACACACAAUAAUGAUGUGACAUUCAGAGUUUCUGAGUCCAGCAGUGGAGACUACAUGUGUAAGAGUCGACGCAGAGAUGACUCAUAUUCUUCAACAGAGUGGAGUGAAGCCUUCACAUUGUCAGCAUCAACAAGUAAACCCAGAACCACACUGACAGCACACAGUUCAAUCAUACCAGCAGGGGGCAGUGUGACACUGAGCUGCUCUGUGGAGGGCUCUGCUGGCUGGAAGUUUGACUGGUUCAGACGUGAUUCACAGUUUUCUGGAGCUCAGAAAAUAGGAGCUGGAACAUCAGAGCACACUAUCAGUAUUUCAGAAGGAGGCAUCUAUUACUGCAGAGGAGGGAGAGGAGAUCCAGUUUUCUCCACAGAGGACAGUGCUCCAGUUACAAUUCAGAAACAAGUUUUGGCUGCUGUGAAACUGCAGCACAGCUGGUCUCAGAUAUUCACUGGUGAGACAAUCACUCUCAGAUGUGAGAUUCAGGGAGGUGAAGGAAAGGUGUGGAAAUAUGAAUGGACAGCACCCAACACAAACAGCCCUCCAACAUCCAGUGAAUACAGGAUCAGCAGAGUUUCAGUGUCCCACAGUGGAGACUACAGAUGUCGGGGUAGCAGUGACUAUCUCUUAACAGGAUGGAGUGAUGCCUUCAGACUGACAGUUUCAUCAAGUAAACCCAGAGCCACACUGACAGCACACAGUUCAGUCAUACCAGCAGGGGGCAGUGUGACACUGAGCUGCUCUGUGGAGGGCUCUGCUGGCUGGAAGUUUGACUGGUUCAGACGUGAUUCAGUCUCUUCUAAAGCUCAGCUCAUGAGAGGAAAUGAAGCAAACAGAGUUAUUAGUGUCUCACAAGGAGGUUUGUACCACUGCAGAGGAGGGAGAGGAGAUCCAGUUUACUACACAGAGGACAGCAGUGACGUCACAGUUACAGAAACUCUUCCCAGUAAGCCCACUGUGACCCUGCAGCCAUCCUGGACUCAGAUAUACAGCGGUGAGACAGUCACUGUCAGAUGUGAGAUUCAGGGAGGUGAAGGAGCUCAGUGGACGUAUGAAUGGAGAGCAGCCAAGUUAAACACACCUCCAACAUCCAAUGAACACAGAAUCAUCAGAGCUACUGAGUCUGACAGUGGAGGAUACAGCUGCCGGGGCAGGAGGGACUAUUUCUUCACAGAGUGGAGUGAUAUCAUCACACUGACUGUAUCAUAUAAACCAAAGGCCAAACUGAGAGCUGAUAACACAGCUGUUCCAGUAGGGGGCAGUGUGACCCUGACCUGCUCUGUGAACCCAUCAUCAUCAUCUGGAUGGAAAUACUACUGGUACAGAGAUGAGAAAUCCUCUGAAGCCCUGACCACACAAGAUGCAGUUUUCCACUCAAAUGGACAAAUCAGUGUCUCACAGGAAGGACUCUACAGGUGCAGAGGAGGAAGAGGAAACCCAGUUUACUACACAGAGGACAGCCAGUCAGUCAGGAUUGGGAAAACUGUCUCAAACAGGCCUGUUGUGACUCUGUAUCCAAACUGGUCUGAGAUAUACAGAGGAGAGACGAUCACUGUCAGAUGUGAGAUCCAUGGAGGAGACACUGAGUGGGAUUAUGAGUGGAAACACAGCAGGAUAAAAGCUCCAAAUCAAAAUGAAUACAGGAUUAGAUCUGCUUCAUCAUCCAACAGUGGAAACUAUCGCUGUAAGGGCAGAAUGAAAAGUUCACAGCAUAAAACAACAGAGUGGAGUGAUUCAGUCACACUGACAGUUUCUGACAAUAAACCCCGUCCUGUCCUCACUGUGUCUCCAUCAUGGCUGAGUCCUGGAGCCUCAGUAACUCUGAACUGUGAGGUUGAACAUCCGUCUGCAGGAUGGAGCUUCUACUGGUAUAAAGCUGUUCCUGAUCUAUCAGAGAAAUCCUCCAGUUAUGAGCUGCUACCUGAUGGCAGUGGGACUGCACAGGACUCCUACAUCAUUCAUGGACAGACACACACAGCAGGAUAUGUGUGCAGAGCUGGAAGAGGAGACCCAGAGUAUCACACUGAUCACAGUCAACCAAAGUUUGUCUGGUCUGCAGAUGUUCAUUCAGCAGCGUCUCUCACAGUGAGUCCUGACAGAGUGCAACACUUCACCUCUGACUCUGUCUCACUGACCUGUGAGGGAAACUUCACUGAGUGGAGAGUGAGGAAGUUCUCUGAGGACGGCCGACUGUACUCUGACUGUAGGAGAAUGACUGGAUCCACAUGUAACAUCAACACAUCAAAGUCAGAUACUGCAGUGUACUGGUGUGAGUCUGGAUCAGGAGAGUUCAGCAGUGCAGUCAACAUCACUGUACAGAAUGAUGGUAAUGGUCCUAUCCUGGUGAGUCCUGUUCAUCCUGUGACUGAGGGAGCUUCUGUUAGUCUGAGCUGCAGUUUGAGAACACAAAAAAUACUUUCCAAUGUGUUUUUCUAUCACAAUUACAAACUUAUUCAAAAUGAUACCCGAGGGGAGCUGAAGAUCUCUGCAGUGUCAAAGUCUGAUGAAGGUUUCUACAAGUGUCAGUACUCAGGAAGAGAGUCAGCACAGAGCUGGAUGUCAGUUAAAGUAACUGUGUCAGGAGCUGACAGCUCUUCAUCUGCUGUGUGGUUGAUUGUUGGACUGGUUUGUGGAGUCUCUCUCAUUAUUAUUCUCCUGCUCUUGUUGUAUCGCUGCAGAACGACAAACAGUGCUGCUAAUGAGCAGACGCUCAAUCAGGAUGAAGAUCAGCAGCAAGUGUACUCCUCUCUUCUUCAUGGUGAUCGUUGUGUCUAUGAGACAGUCAGAAGAUGUGAAAACACUGAAAAUGGUCCAGCAGAAGGUGAUUACACCAAUGUCACAUCUGUGAUUCAGCUCAAAGUCAUUAACAGGACAAGGCAACGUGGUGACCCAGAGGAGAGCUCUGACUACAAUGAUGUCAAUCCAAAUUCAGCCUCAUCUUAACAGCAGCUCUUUAGCUGUUUUUCUUUUUCUCUUUAAAGUCCCUUAAAAACUUUGAGUGAAAAGGAGAAGAUUUUGAAUUCAAAGCAAUGAUCCUGAUAGCCUGAGUUUAUAUUUGCUUCAGAAAGAAUCGUUCAGGGU